AUGAAUAUUAAUAGAAUAUUUUUUUCCAAAACAAUUCACCGUUUACGAUUAUCAUUAAAUCACAUUCGUACAGUUUAUAUAGCUCAAUCUGAAUCAUCACCGUUGCAAAUUUAUCGAAAUAAAAUUAAAGCAUAUGAAUUACGCUCUGAUCCUCGACAAGAACAAUUAAUGAGUAUUCUUGAUAAAUUAUAUUAUGAUCUACAAACAUAUAUACCAGAAUCGCAACAAAUCGAAACAACAACCGAUAAAACAAAAUCAAAUUUUUUGUCAUCAUUAACAAAUAUUUUCAAAUCCUCGAAUGAUUCUGUAGAACGACAGAAAUCGUUGUAUAUCUACGGUGGUGCUGGUUGUGGUAAGAGUCUUCUAAUGGAUAUUUUCUUCGAAUGUAUACCAACCAAUGAAAAACGACGCGUACAUUUUAAUAGUUUCAUGCUUGAAUUUCAUAAUCGUAUGCAUCGUAUUCGAAGUAAUAAUGCAGCUGUGAGCGACAAUCUUCUUGGUAGUGUUGUCGAAGAAUUACUUGAUGAAAUUUGGCUUUUAUGUUUCGAUGAAUUUAUGGUAUUGGAUAUUGCUGAUGCUAUGAUUAUAAAACGUUUAUUUGAGCAUCUAUUUGCAAAAGGUAUGAUUAUGGUUGCAACAUCAAAUCGUCCUCCCGAUGAUCUCUAUUAUCGUGGACUCAAUCGAGAAUAUUUUCUUCCAUUUAUACCAUUUUUACAUCAAAUGUGUACAGUAUAUAAUAUGGAUUCUUCGACAGACUAUCGUUUAAUUGGUACUCAGGGGCAUGUUCAAACAGUAUUCGAUGCUAGUCGACCUGAAACAGAAUCUGAAUUAGAUUCACUUUGUGCUCGUCUUAUUGCUCCGUUUGAACCGGAACCAGCCACAGUUGAUGUUAAUGGUCGCGAUAUAAAAAUUCCGUGGCAAGCACGAGGUGUUGCAAAAUUUUCAUUCGAAGAAUUAUGCUGCCAUGAACAUUUCUCAGCUGAUUAUAUAGCUAUUGCAUCAACAUAUAAUACAUUAGUAUUAACGGAUAUACCAAAAUUAAGUAUUGAACAACGUGAUCGGAUACGUCGUUUUAUAAUUCUUAUCGAUGAAUUAUAUAAUCAUAAUACAAAAUUAAUUAUUUCAAUGUUUGUUCAUACCGUUAAAGAUAUAUUUAAUCCAUUAAAAGAUCAUCCGAAUUUAAAACGUGAGGAUCUUCUGACGAUGGAUGAAUUUCACGCAUUCGAUAGAACUUUAUCACGUCUUAUUGAAAUGCAAUCAAAAGAAUAUUUAGCGAAACCAAAACGAUUUAGUAAUACGAAAAAACAGGCGGAUGAUUGGUCUCAAUUACUAUAA